AACAGAAUAAACAUAAUGGGUUUAAGAAGUACUUUUAAACUUGUAAAAGCUAUACAAAAGGCAGAAGGUGUCGGAGCCAGAGUUAGAAGGUCAAUUGGGACAUCUGAUAUGACCAGUUUCAACCCAUUCUUAAUGCUAGACCACUUCAAUAUUGGUGCGGAUGCUGGAUUUCCUGAGCAUGGUCAUAGUGGCCAAGAAACAAUUACCUUGGUCUUGAAGGGAGCUGUAGCACAUGAGGAUUUUACUGGGUCCAAGGGGAUCUUGUACCCUGGAGACUUGCAAUUUAUGACUGCUGGAAAGGGGGUGGUUCACUCUGAAAUGCCAGUAGCUAUCGAGGGUGAAAAAGAAAUAUCCGGUAUGCAAUUGUGGGUGGAUUUACCCAAGAAAUUAAGACAAACUGAGCCAAGAUAUAGAGAUUUGAGAUCAUAUGAAAUUCCAGAAGUAUUGGAACAAGAUGGCAAGGUCAAGGUUAAGGUUAUUUCGGGAAAUUCAUAUGGAGUCGAAUCAGCACAUGACUUAGCAUACACGCCGGUACAAUACUACUAUGUUACAUUGAAGCCAGAUGGAACAUUCACUCAAAAGGUUCCUGAAGACUUUAACUUCUUCUUGUAUGUACUUGAAGGAGAUGACUUAGUUGUAAAUGGUGACACUGCGGUGCCUGCGCACUCCAAUAUUUUCUUUAAGAGAGAUGGUGAUGAAAUCCGAGCCACAAACACUGCCAAGAGUGGUGGAAAGGAUAUAGAAUUAGUUUUAAUUGGUGGUCAAGUUUUAGACCAAGAAUCUAUUCAUUAUGGACCAUUUGUCGCUGAUUCAGAACGGGCUAUUGACAAGGCAUUCAGCGACUUCCAAUAUGCUAGAAACGGGUUCAAGCAAAGAAGAACUUGGAACUCUUUGAUUUCAAAUGGUGUUACAAAGGAUAUGGUUGAGAACCAAUUGAAUGGUAAUCUUGAAAAGAGGAAAGAGGCUGAAAAGAAGUUUUUGGAAGAGAGGAAUAGAAAGUUGUAAAUGAGCUCCAUGAAAAAUUGCUGAAGGCAAAUAUAUAAGGAUAUAGAUUUUAAUUCAGUUUUAUA